AUGAUUCUCCAAUGCCAGGCGCCCUCGCGGAAGAGUACAGGAAGCUCGGCGGCACGGUGCACUACGUCGGGAAGCCGCACCGCCUGGUCUACGAAUUGGGCAUGGCGGCCCUGCCAGAGGGGAUCCUCCGCGCAAAGGUGUUGCUUUUGGCCCUCCGCCGUCGGGGACGUCAUGUACACCGACGUCCUGGGCGCCCGGGACGCGGGCCUCGCGUCCGCGCUGGUGGCCGGCGGCGUCCACCACGCCGAGCUCGGCGUCGCCGAGGCCUCGCGGGCGCUGGCCGACGGCGGGCGCGGCCUGCCCGAGAGCGCUGCGGUGGAGGCCUUCCUGUCCCGGUACGAGUACCGCCCAGACCACCUGCUCGGGCACCCCGUGGGAGGGGGGCCGGGGGCCGGCACGUUCGGCCUUGCCGCCGGGCACUACACGUGGUCCUGCACAAGGUCGGAGUCUGGAAGCUACGCGGACGGCUCCACGAAGAUCCUCGUGUAUCCGCUGACUUGGUCGGCUAUCUUCCCUGUGGAGCAGGGUUGGUACGACUGGAACGCGGAGAAGGUCGAUGGGUACUACGCCGACGCGCACAUAAAGAUUGUGAUCAUAGCGACUAACGAGACGGACCUUCACGACCUGGAGACACAGGUGGACGUUGGGGAGACGAUCCCGCUCAAUGUUGGCACCACACUGCACUUCAGCAAGGAGACGUGGGCGUCGCAUUUCAAGAUAUACGUGCUGGCGGGCACGUCCCACAUCGCGGUGUUCGCGAAGCACUUCCCGACAGAUUUCGAAGGCGCGUACCAUUACCUCCUGUCCGCCAACGGCGAGGACAUCGAGCCCGUGGCCGAGGAGUCGGACGCGGCAUGCGAGAGCGCCAGCGAGAGCACCAGCACCGACGACUCAAAGAUCUGGGGCGAGGUGAUCCUGGCCGCGUUCGUCACCGUGCUCCCGACACUGAUCGGCAUUGUGCUCGUCGUGAUGACGUGCAUGCCCACGCUGAAAGCCAUGAUGGCGGGCGAGGGUGGCAUCGUCGCGGUCGUUCAUUCAUUCGCCUCUGGCGUGAUCUUUGCGGCCGCGGCGUACCUUCUGCUGCCAGAGGGCCUGUACCUCAUCACCGUCGGGAAGAGAGAGGCGGGCGGAUCCGGGAUGUGGGGCGCCUCCGUCUUGGCAGGCUGGUGCUCCGCCGCUGUGAUCAAGCAGUGGUGCCAGCUCGUGACUGGAGAAAGGUCGAGCCUCACCCUGCCGACUGUCAACGGGGAGGUGGACGAGGAGCCACAGAAGAGCAGGGCCACCAACUGGCUGGUCUCCUUCCCCAUCCUGUUCGGAGACAUGUUCCACAACUUCUCGGACGGUCUGGUCCUUGGGGUCUCCUGCAAGACGUGUGGCGCGCCCUUCGGGCGGAAGAUCGCGUGGGUCACAGUCCGGCACGAAUUUCCUCAGGAGCUCUCCGAUUUUGCCGUCCUGAUCACGAAGAGGAGGAUGGCCUGGCCUAUGGCUCUUACCCUGUUCGGGGCCAUCAUCACUUACUCCAGCGACGUCAGCUCCGGGGUGGAGGGAGCGACCCUCGCCGCGGGCGCCGAAGUCUACUUGCACGUGGCCAUGACGCAGCUCGGCCCCGCGGUGGGAGAUCUGAUGGGAGACGGCGCCUUCGGCUCCGUCGCGCGGUUCCUCAACUUCGCGGUGGGCGCCACGCUGAUCGGUCUAGUCCUGGACCAAGAGCACUGCUACGCCCCGGUCGCGGAGGGCGGGGAGGGCGAGGUACAGAGCCCGACCCCGAACUCUUUUUGCGGGGCGGGGGCCGGUGGCACCUGGAGCCGCGUCCAGCAGCACCGCCAGAACGCCGUGGCGCUGCGGCGCUCGGCACUGGCGGCGCCCGACCGCCGCGCCGCCGACCGACCGCCGCUGCGCCGCCCCGCAGGCGGCGCCGGCGUCGCCUUCACGGAGGCGGCGGCGGAGGCGGAGAUUCACAGCGCGCGUGAAGCGACCACCGCAGGGUGCAGGGGCGCUGGCAGCAAAGUGCACGGCCUCAGCUACAGCUACGGGGGUGGGUCGGUUAGAGCGUGCGGCCAGCACGAGUCUGACGCCAUCAACGACGAGAGUGGCACUACAACGCGCGAGCCCGAUGGCACCACCUGCGAGGGUGGGAGCGCGAAGCACGAGCCCGAUGCCAUCGUCUACGAACGCGGCACAGCGAAGCACGAGCCUGACACGAUCAGCUACGAGGACGGAGCUAAGGCGAAGCAUAAACCCAAUGCCAUCAGCUACGACGUUAGACUGCCUAAAGCGUCCCGUCUCGAGCUGGACGCGGACGUCCUACAGGAGGCGGUCGUAAACGGUGACGCCGAGGGCGUGGCUUACUGGCUGCGGGACCUACCGGACUGCGGCGACAACCUGCGGAGUGGGGAGAAAAUGGUCUACGCGGGGAACUUCGACUACUUCGCCAAUUGGCGCGAGCUCAAGGACCACGCGAAGAAGGAGGCCAGGAAGGCCACUGUCACCCUCGACGAGACGGAGCCCAACUACCGGAAGAUCCGAGUCAGGUGGGGCCGCGGCGCCCCUGGGGCGGGGGCGCACGGGGGCAGCGCCGCGCCCUUUGCCGUGCCGGAGUUCGAGGCGGCCUCGCUCUCCCGCGCGACCUUCGACGGCCUGGUGCGCGAGGGCCGGGUCUUCGUCGUGCGCGGGGCGGGGGCUUCGCACCCGAUGCGCGGCUGGGACUGCGCGUUCUUCCAGCGCGACGAGGUGUUCUCCCAGGUGGAGGCGAAGCGAGAGUACAGCUCGUCUUCUGCGGCGGGGCCCGCAUGGCUCCGACUGUCUGACGUCGUGGCCAAGCCGAGCGAUCUCCAGGAUGAGGGCAGCGGUGCAGAAGGCCUUCCGGCCUCACCAUACUAUCUAGUGGCAUUCGGACGCAGCGCACCAGAGCGCAGAGGAGCUGGAGGCUGA